AUGAGCAACAGUGCUUCAAUUCAAAUUCUAACCGGAUCCAACUACAAGACGUGGAAACGAGAUGUGGAUUUUAGUUUGGGAAUCAUGGACUUGGACCUAUGCAUGCGUGAAUAUCAACCUGCUGCUCUUACUGAUUGGAGCACUACUGCCCAACGAACUCUCCAUGCACAAUGGGAAAAGUCAAAUCGUCUCAGUCUUAUAGCUAUGAAAAGAUUGAUUCCUGAAAAUAUUUUGAGUGGUUUGCCCGAGACAACUAAUGCCAAAGAGUUUUUAACUAAUGUGGGAAAAUUGUAUGACACUAGUGAGAAUGCUUAA